AUGGGCAUUCUUAACGUCGUUGAGGACCGUCCGACUCCUAAGAAUGUCUACAACUGGCGAGUGUACCUGCUGGCAGCCAUUGCAUCAUGUGGUUCCAACAUGAUUGGUUAUACUAGUGCCUUUAUCGGUACGACCAUCACACUGGACUCCUUCCGAAAGGAAUUCGGCUUGGACAAGAUGUCAUCUGCGAAGGUGGACUUGAUCAGCGAGAAUAUUGUCUCGCUAUUCAUUGCUGGUGCCUUCUUUGGGGCCCUCUUCACCUACCCUAUUGGUCAUUUUCUGGGACGCAAAUGGAGCUUGGUGAUCGCUUCAGCUAUCUUUACGUUAGGAGCCGUCCUGAAUGGACUCGGCACCGGUGUCGCCUCGAACAUUGUCCCGAUCUAUCUCUCGGAACUGGCCCCUCCGGCCAUUCGUGGGCGACUUGUCGGUCUCUAUGAGCUCGGCUGGCAGAUUGGCGUACGGUGUCCAAAAAAUAUGGAACCUGGCCACACGCAAUGGUUGAUCCCAUUUGCCAUCCAGCUGGUUCCGUCUGGGCUGCUUUUUGUUGGUGCCUUAUGGACCAAGGAAUCCCCUCGGUGGCUCUUCCUCAAGGACCGCCGACAGGAAGCAAUGGCAAAUCUCUGCUGGAUCCGUCAGUUGAGUGAGACCGAUAUUUAUAUCACCGAGGAGGUGGCAGCUAUCGACCAAGCGCUUGAAGAGCAGGCAACAACCAUUGGUAUUGGAUUCUGGAAGCCCUUCCAGUCCGUUGGCACACGACCCCGGAUCAUGUGGCGGCUUUUCCUGGGCUGUAUGUUGUUCUUCUGGCAGAAUGGAUCCGGGAUCAACGCGAUCAACUACUACAGUCCUACCAUCUUCACAAGUAUCGGUGUCAAUAGCGAUACGAUUGGAAUCACCACGGGUUUGUUUGGCGUGGUGAAAGCCGUCAUGACAUUCGUGUGGCUUCUGUUCCUGGUCGACCAGUUAGGAAGACGGAAGCUUCUCCUGAUCGGUGCCAUCACGGGCUCGAUCUGUAUGUGGAUUAUUGGUGCCUACAUCUGCAUUGUCGAGCCUGAGAAAAACCCCACCGAUCACUUGAACAGCGGUGGUAUUGCAGCCAUCUUCUUCUUUUACAUGUGGACGGCGGUCUACACGCCGACAUGGAACGGCACGCCGUGGGUUAUUAACUCGGAAUUCUUCGAUCCCAACAUCCGGUCGCUGGCCCAGGCCGCCACAACUGCCAGCAACUGGCUCUUCAACUUCCUUGUUUCCCGCUUUACGGAGCAAAUGUUCGACGCGAUGGGCUAUGGAGUGUACUUCUUCUUCGCCUCCUUGUCCUUCCUGGCCUUCUUCUUUACCUUCUUCCUCAUUCCCGAGACCAGCGGUAUCCCACUGGAGGUUGUGGACCGCCUGUUCGAGGUGAAGCCGGUCUGGCGGGCAAACGAGAAGGUCAAGGCUCAGAUGAAGGAGGAGGAAGAGCGAUUCCGGUUCGAGAUCAAGGAGGGAAACUUUGAUAAGAGCGAGGAGGAACAUGUGGAAGAUGGCAAUGAGACGAGGUCAUAG